AUGAUGGCCUCCGCCUCGACCUCCGGAGGCAGCGCGCGUCCGUGGCGCACCGCGCUGCUCACCCUCCGCGACGAGUCCCUCGCCUCGUCCUCGCCCACGGCCCUCCUCGAGCUCCUCCGCCGCGUCCUCCUCUCCCCGGCCACGCCCUCGCUCGCCACGUCCGCCGCCGCGCUCUCCCCUCACGAGGUGGGCUCGGAUGUGGCGUUCCUCGCUGACACGGCCGCGGCGGUGGCGUCUUGCCCCGGCGCCGACGACGCGCUGCGCAGUGUCUGCCACCUGAUUUAUGAUGUCAUGUGCAAAACAAAUAUGGAGAUUGACUCUUCUGGUUGUCUUGCAAUGUUGAAGUUUCUUGACAUACUUGUCAAAUGCUCGAUUGAGGGCGCAUGCAUGAAGGGCCUCUCUAGUAGGACAGCUGCAUUGAAUACAACAUCUGAAUGUUUACAUAUCCUCAGGUUCUGGAGCAGGGAUUAUGGAAGAAGCGUUUCAUUAACUGAAAGUUCACAUUCACUAACAGUGCUCGUCUCGAUUGUAUCAUACUUGCAAGCUGAACUGAACAUCUCUGAUAAACCAGCAAAUGCCACUGGCAUUUCUUCCCACAAUUCUGGAUCUGUGAAUAGUAAAAAUUCCAAUAUUUGGGAUAUGAAGAUAUCUGCAUUUUCCAUGGUGGAAGAUAUACUGAGUAAGGUUGCAUCAAAUAUGACAGAAAAUCUGUGGCAGUCUGUCAUUGAGGUCUUGAGGAAAGUUAUGGAUUUUGUCACAGCAAGGAAUCUUGUUAUAGAGAGUAGCGUCAUGUCAAGGUCAUCUUCACCUCCUACACUAGCUCCAAAAGAAACUAGAACAGAUUCAAAACCCAGAGCUUCACAUGGACGAUAUAGACCACCUCAUUUGAGGAACAAGGAUGGAGGAGAGAAUGAUUCACUGGAAGGUCGAAAUUCAGAUAGUGAAUAUUCUCGGUAUGAUAUAAGCUCAUCAGACUCAGACCUGAGUGAUAGUGAUGGUUAUGCAAAAAGUGGAGACCGCUUCCGGAGUUCAAAGGCUAGAUUAGCUGCCAUCCUUUGUGUACAGGAUAUCUGCCGUGCUGAUCCAAAGUUACUUACUUCACAAUGGCCAGUACUUUUGCCUGAGAAUGAUGUUCUCCAACAAAGGAAAUAUCAAGCAACUCUGAUGACAUGCUUGCUUUUUGAUCCUAUAACAAAGGUACGUGUUGAGGCAGCAUCAACCAUUGCUUCCAUGCUGGAAGGGCAAGCAUUAGUUUUGAUACAAGUUGCAGAGUACAAGGAGUCGUCCAAGCGUGGAUCUUUCACCACAUUAUCUUCCUCACUUGGUCAAAUAUUGAUGCAACUGCAUACAGGAGCACUAUACUUGAUACAGCGUGAAACUCAAGCUACUUUGCUUGCGGCAUUGUUCAGAUUUCUCAUUCUUUUGAUAUCUGCUACACCCUUUGAAGACCAAAAGUAUGAUGCUAACUUUGGGCCCUCUGGACCCAAAGAAGAAUCAUCAAUCAAGGAAAGAUGUCUUGUGGCUGGAAUAAAGGUAAUGGAUGAAUGUCUGCGUGUUUCAUCUGGAUUCAAAGGAGCAGAUGACAUCAAAGAAUGCAGAUUGCUGGAUAUUCAGCAAAUUUCUGACUGUACCAUAAAUAAAACUAUUAAGUCUGCACCUCACUUUGAAAUGGAAGCUGCUGGAUCAUCACAGAAUUGCUCUUUGGACAUAACACUUGGAACUAGCCGUUGGAUCGAGGUGAUAGAGACUCAUCUCCCUCAGGGAUUAUCCCAUGGCUCUGCUAUGGUUCAUGCGGCAUUAAAUGAUAUGGUUCCUAGUGUAAGAUCAGCUGGCGGUCGAGCUAUUGGCAUUGUUGCAUGUUUUCCUCAGAUAUUGUCAAGCCUCUCCUAA